AUGUCUACACCCUACGACCUUCCAGCAGACACAUCCAAGAUCAAGGAGUUUGAGUGGGAUGACCACUAUGACUUCCCUCGAGAUUUAGUUGGUUAUGGCGAAAACUCUUUCGAUCCUAAAUGGCCUGGAGGAGCUAAAAUUGCGGUUUCAUUCGUGAUCAACUAUGAAGAGGGUGCUGAACACACUGUGCUCAAUGGCGACAUGCAUUCGGAAACACACCUAUGGGAAGCACCGGGUGGAGCCCCAAAGAUACAAGAACGAGCCGUAAACAUAGAGAGUGAAUAUGAUUAUGGAAGCCGGAGCGGGGUUUGGCGUUUGUUCCGUCUAUUCAACAAAUUCAACUACAAAUACACCCUCUACGCGGUUGGUAAAGCUAUCGAAGAUAACCCUGCAGUCGGCCUUUCUUCUGUGAAAAAUGGCCACGAUGUAGCGUCACAUGCCUACCGAUGGAUUGACUACGCCAAUAUGCCCCCGGAACAGGAAAAGGCAUAUAUUAAGAAGGAGAUCGAGACUAUUGCAAAGAUCUGCGGGGAGCCACCAAAGGGUUGGUAUUACGGCAGACUGUCAAGUAGAUCCCAGACACUAGUCUGGGAAGUUUACAAAGAGAUGGGUGUGUCAUUGCUUUGGGACAGUGAUUCAUAUGCAGAUGAUUUGCCUUAUUGGGUUGACGUACCUGCGGAGAAGAAUGAAAAAGAUCCCAAGGGGAUGCUAAUGAUUCCAUACUCCUACGAUUGCAACGACUACAAAUUCAACGUACCGACAGGCUUCGGCUCCCCUACACACUUCUACGACCAUGUCAAGAAUGCUUUCGACACUCUAUACGAAGAAGGAUGUGAGGGCUCUCCGAAAAUGAUGACUAUUGCUCUCCAUUGCCGUUGCAUCGGAAAGCCAGGUCGUUUCAUGGCGCUCAAGAGGAUCGUGGAAUAUAUUGCUAGCAAGGAGAAUGUCUGGGUCGCUACUCGUACACAGAUUGCCGAACAUUUCAGGGAGAAGUUCCCGUACGAGAAAGGUUAUCUCGCACCUGGUGUUAAGAGAGCAGAGGCAAGUAACACAAUCAACGCGUGGCCUGCACACAAGGCUGCGCCUGUCUAA